AUGAUACAAGGAACCACAUUCUUGCAAUCUGACGAGUUUUUGAUCUUGUUCAUAGUUUCAUCCAUAACAUUGUUGGUAUUACUCAUAUUCAUAAUAUGUGUGAAACUCAGCAGACGAAACUAUAGACUAAUAGGCUCUGAAUUUGUAAGCAGUCAUGAUUUACCUUAUGAAUUCUUAAAUGAUGAGGAAUCCUUGUUACGAUUAUCGGAAGAAUAUGAAUUCGGCAGUUUAUCACCAGAGGAACAACAGUCAUUCUUCAGAGCAGAGGAGUUUUACAAGGUCAAUGUUCCUACUUUUGAGGGAAGGGGAAGGAGUAUAACCAAUGAUAUCGAAGUGGUAAUCAAGGAGAGGGGCCUCCAAGCAUUUGAAUUCAGCCAAGACGAAAGCAUAUUGAACCCAAAAUAUAUAGUAGAGGAUAAAACUGAACUAAAUUUCCACAACAACGAUUUGCCAUACUCAACGGUUACAUCUAUUUUGAAUUAUUGUUUACCUGUCAGACAUAGAUUAUUUUCUGAUACAGUGUAUUUUGAAACCAAAAUAUUCGAAUAUGUUGACUCACCAAAUGGACAUUUCUCCAUAGGGAUAGUAACAAAACCCUAUCCUGCUUUCAGAUUACCAGGUUAUAAUAAUUUUUCCAUCGCCUAUGAGUCUACCGGUAAUUUGAAAAUUAACAAGCCUUUCCCCACACCACUACAACAGCAUUUGGGCGAUAAGAGUUUAUUCAAUGCUUUGGUCUUACCUCCUUUGGGUCAAAGUGACAUAGUAGGUUUUGGGUAUCAUAUUCCUACCGGGACAGUUUUCAUUACCAAGAAUGGUAGAAAGAUAAUGGAUGUAAUGAGAGGGCUUUUUAUAGACAUGUAUCCUGCAGUUGGGUGCUUCCUGACAAAUGGUAAGUUCCAGGUGAAUUUAGGACAAAGAGGUUUUGUUUGGAUAGAAGCAAAUGUUAAGAAGUAUGGAUUCAUACCGACAGGCGAUGCCAAGAGGUUGGAGGGUGAUAGAGGACUCGCUUCAUUACCACAAUACGGACUAGCAGACGAUAAGCUAUUAGACAAAGGAGAUGAACUUCCACCAUCAUAUCCAGAGGAAGAAAUUGAUUUCUUUGGUAGAUCAGUGAAAGAUUUAUAUAACUUGGGCUCUUCUUCGAAGAUCAAUGAAAAGGAAAGUUCCAGUAAAAUUACCAACGAUCCUGAAGAAGUGAUGAAUAUGAGAGAGAGAAUCUAUGAACAAAACACUACCACGAGUAUUGAUGGAAUGUUGAAUGAGGAAUCUUCUCUCAUUAGUGGAAGUGCCUCAGAACAUCAGAAUUACCAGUCGACCACUGAUCCAUUACUUCUACAAAACGAAGAACUUAACGAAUAA